CACAGAGGCAGGACGUCCCUUCACAAGCGUUGCGAGAGCUUGAAGUUGAAGAAGUCGCUUCUCGCUGUCGCUGCGAGCUGCCCGCUCGAGCGGGGGCUGGCAGACAGAGACGAGCGAUUUGAACUAUCCAGACCGGGGGACUUGAAGCUAGCAUUGAGCUUCCAAAAUGUUGGCGGACGCUGAUGGAGGAGUCUAAAUGGACCCAGAUCAAAAAUGAGGACUUUUCUGAGUAAUCAACUUGAUUAGAGUUACAGGAUUCGGCACUGCCUUGAAAGUUGCUCUCCACAAUCAUGAAGUGCUUCAGUAAUCUUGCAAUUGUGCUUUUGAUGGUCCUCACUUCCUGGACGCCUCAAUAUGUUGGCGCUCAGACUGGAGCUGACGCCGAUGACUUGGUCUGGUUCAUUCAGCUGUCUGAUUUGCACAUCAGCAAGCAUAAUCCAGAGAGGGCGGCCGACCUGAAAGCCAAGGUGGCCACGGCUCUCUCAAUUGUGCAACCAAGUGUGGUGCUGAUUACUGGGGAUCUGACGGAGUCAAGGUCCGCUGCUCGCUACCCGACUCGACAAGACGACUGGGAGUGGUACGAGUACAACACAGUGAUUGCCGCCCUUUCAAAGGCUAGCGGGGUGCCUAUUGAGUCCAUUGUCGACAUACGGGGCAACCAUGACACUUUUGGUGUUGGAUUGAGAGGAGGGCCCGGUGACUUCUAUCCGACGUAUGGGGCAAUAGGGGGGAGAGCAAAUCGCACGGCAGGGGCACUGCAAAGAGUGUUCACUGUCAGAUUAGAGGAAGGGGCUGAUCCAAAGCACGUUCUGGUUGGCAUUGAUGCCGCGCAAGAAGUGGGGCUCCGGGGGCCCUGUAACUUCUUCGGCAUGCCCUCUGACGCACUCCUCGACAGCCUGGACUCCACUCUCGAACACAUAAACAGGGCCCCAACUGGUCGGCCUCCCACCAUCAUUGCUUUUGGCCAUUUCACACUGUCGUUCAUGGCCCGGACAGAAUCCGGACGGCGCGUUGAGGACGUGCUGAAAAAGCACGGCGUGUCCGCGUACUUAUGCGGACACUUGCACGCCCGUUUUGGCGGUUUGUUGCACAAAUUUCACCCAGGAACGGACAGAGUAAUGGAAACCAAACAACUAGAGUCGGAUGAUUGGAUUGCCGGAUUGGAUAUGGAAGAAGAGGAGCAGAGCACGGAAGGCCUCCGGAGAAGGCUGGCGCAGGACACCAGACGGCAGGUUUUGUCCGAGAAAGGCCUCAGGUCCAGCGGGUUUUGGGAGUGGGAAAUGGGCGACUGGAAAGAGAGCCGGUUCAUGCGGCUGGUCGCCAUUCGACGUGGCCAAAUCAGCUUCUCGGACGUCCAGUUUUCGAAACGGACGGCAUCGGACGACGGCGGCCACGAGGCGACGGCCGAGUACCGGCGCAGCGUCGGGCUGGGGCGAGUGGUCGAGAACGAAGGCACGACGCAUGACAGCCAGGUCUACGACGAAGACUCGGCGCUCAUCCUAGUUCUCUCGCCGUUCAACGGGCACUAUCGAGAAACAGUCGGCGUCUCAGCGAUCGAGGCGCUCGUCUUUUCGCGCCACGAACCGCUCGACGUCUCGGCGCAGAUCUGGGAUCGAGGGAGCGGGUUCUCGAGCAAGGGCUCAAUUGCAGAGGAGGUGAAACUAGAGCGGGAUUUCGGACGGGAGCCGGCCGUUCUGUACGUCCGGACGUGGGACCCGGCGCCGUACGAAAAAGGCCGUCCGGGGCGGUACUGGAUCCAGAUCGUGGUGCGGGAUUCCACCGGGCAGAAGCUGGCGUCGCGGCAGCAGCCGUUCGUGAUUGGGGGGGCUCGAGAAAGCGGGGGUAAGGGGGGGGUCCCGCUGUUCAAGCAGAGCGUGGCGUCGUUUCUGCUGAUCGGCGUGCGGUGGGACGAGCUAUACAUGCCGGCACUCGUGGGGAUCUAUGUGGUGCUGCUGGGAUGCGUCCUAUUGCUGCCGAGGUUUUGGGCGAGCUACUUGCACUCGGAGCACAUGUUUGAGGAGUGGACGCUCCGCGUGGUGUCGCGACCCCUCCGGGUGGGCUGGAACCCACUCGUCUUCCUGUCGCGGCUGCUCGAGAUCGGCUCCUGGGCGCUCUGCCAAUCCGCCACUCGAACCGCCGUGUGGCUGCCGCAGGUUGCGUUCCUCUCGUACCUGGCCCUCGGCCCCUGGUUCUGGGGCCAGGCCCUGGACGACUCGUCGGCGCCCCUCGCCAGCUUUUACCUCCGGCACUGGGAAAUCCCCCUCGCCAAAAACGGGGCCUCAGUGGUCGCCCCCAUGCCGUGCACGCUCAUCCUCGCCGUUCCGUUCUUCCUCCUGAUUCUGUUCCCGUGGAUGCUCUGGAUCGCGGCGUUUGGCGCGUACCGGGACGUGGCGAAGCGGCCAGCGCUCAAGGCGUCGCUCUCAAUACCACCCCGGAAAGACAUUGAGCACCAGCUGGAGCCCCGCACCGGCGGCGAGACCAGCAAAAUGACCCAGCUCCGCCCUGCGAACAGGGCCUCGGGGGCUGGAAACGCUCGGGUGGGCGAUCCGGUCCGCGGGCGUGCUGCUCGGACUGUGGACUUUGCUGCACACAAGUUUCGCUGCAAGAGCGUAUGGAACGACCGUGCUGACUUCGCCCUACGUCCUCGGGUUGGCUUGCCUCGUGCUGUCCGCCCUUCUCGUGCUGCGGUAGGCGGCGCUGUCAAAUGUUCAGAACGUACGGGAUCAGGACUUUACGUGCUCACUUCUUGGGCUGAUGCUCAAACUUGUCCAACAACUUCCAGCUCUUAA